AAACACUGAGUGCUUGUUCUCGGGCGUAAUUUCCGGAGAGCCGGGGGACACAGUGCAACCCGAGACUUUUCCCAAUAACCUGACCGGGUCCUUCAGUCAGUGUUGUUGUGGGGUGGGUCAGACCGGGUUUGUUUCGCAUUACAUAAGCGAACUCCCACUGCAAAGCGAGGUCCUCGCAAGCAACCAUUGAACCCACUGGCCAAAGUGCAUUCAAGCAUUGGGGUAUUCAUCCGGUAGUUUGCAUUAUUGGCACGUGGCUAAAUAAUAUAUUUAUUUCUCUCUUUUCUUCCCCCCCGUGCCUUGAUGCAGAAGGCUAUUUUGGGCACGUUGCUCUCCUUUGACACAGCAUGAUUUUCGGGAGCGGGUUUGCAACUCUCCGGAGUUCGGGGAGCAAGCUGCUUUGCGCAAUGGCCAGGUCGUUCGGCGCAGUGCCGCAUUAUGCCGGAGGGAGCAAACGGCUGCGGGUGCUGGUGGACAUGGACGGAGUGCUGGCUGAUUUUGAGGGCGGUUUCCUGCAAAAGUACAAGGUCGCGUACCCCGAGGAGCCGUUCAUUGAGCUGGCGGAUCGCAGAGGUUUCUGGGUUUCCGAACAGUACGGACAGCUGCAGCCCGAUCUGUGUGAGAAAGCGAUAAGCAUAUGGGAGUCGAAGAACUUCUUCAUUGAACUUGAUCCCCUUCCAGGAGCAGUGGAGGCAGUGAAAGAGAUGGCCAACAUGAAAAACACUGACGUGUUCAUUUGCACCAGCCCUAUAAGGAAGUAUGAUCACUGUCCUUUUGAAAAAUACGCGUGGGUAGAGAAACAUCUCGGGAAGGAGUUUCUGGAGCUGAUGUUGCUAACGCGGGAUAAAACAUUGAUAUCCGGCAGCUUGCUGAUAGACGACAAGCCAGAUAUAUCAGGUGUGGAACCCCAUCCUGAGUGGGAGCAUAUACUUUUCUCUGCUUGCCACAAUAUGCACGUACAACUGAGAGCACCCAGAAGGCGGCUACACUCUUGGGCUGAUGACUGGAGACUACUCCUGGACGGCAAGCGGCAGUGAUGGCCUGCAUGCGGCCUUGGAUGUUUCAGUUGUUGUGGAACAAUGAACCUUGACUGUGUGAUGCAGAAUUCAAACCACGCACAUGGCAUGUGAUGAUCAGUUAUCAACUUGGACUGCAAACACGUUACGAGGUUCUAGCUCCUGUAGUUUUCAGAUAUUUUUUGGGGGUGCGUUUCAGUGAAAGAGACAUUAAACAGGCGAUAAUGUAGAUUGGAUUGGGACCCAGUGACACACUAGAAAUUGCUUCCGUUGUAUCCCUUGCUAAUUCUGCAUUCUAUAACGCACACAAAUGCUGGAGCAACUCAGCAGGUGAGGCAGCAUCUACGGAGAGGAAUUAACAGUUGACGUUUCAGCUGGGACCCUUCAUCGGGACUGGAAUGGAAGGAGGAGGAAGGCAGAAUAAGAAGGAGGGAAAAGUGCAGGUGAUGGGUUAAGCCUCCAACAUUUUGUGUGUGUUACUCUGGAUUACCACCAUCUGCAGAAUCUAAACACAAAAGAUUCUGCAGAUACUGGAAAUCCAAGAGCAACAUAACACACAAAAUGCUAGAGGAACUCAGUAGGUCAGGCAGCAUCUAUGGAGAGGAAGAAACAGUCAACAUUUCGGGCCCAAACCCGUCAUUAAGACUGGAGAAGAGUCUCGUCCUGAAACGUUGCCUGUUUAUUCCUUUCCAUAGAUGGUGCCUGACCUGCUGAGUUAUUCCAGCAUUUUGUGUGUGUUAAUCUGCAGAAUCUUGUGUUAAUGAUAUGCACUCUAUUAAUAUUGUUCUCGCUGUUUCAGGAAAGUCGAAUCUAAAGUAGUUACAGUGAUACAUGACAGAUUGCAGAUGAGUAAUUUUUAAAGUCCCAGUAAUAAUAUUUGACAGAAAAUAAAUAAUGCAAAAUUGGCAACGCACAGAUGUGUUCAUUUUGUUUGACCUGUCUGCUGCUUUUCACUGUUGGACAGAAAUAGUUCUGGUGUCACUGCAAUGUUUCACAGUGAAAACUAACAUCAUUGAGAGAAAUAGAAGUCAUGAACCAUUGUUUCUAGAUUUGCUGUGUCUGGUAAUACAAAAGCACUUUUAUGAUGGAUUACAUUUACCUUUGACAAUGCUGGUGCUACACGUGCUAAUUUUUAAUCUCUUGCUGUAUAGACUGUGGUAACUAAAAUUCCUGAUUCAGUGAUCCAGGGCAAUAUUUGCAUGCAGAACAAGAUUUUAUACCAUGUUUUGGGGUUAGCCUGAUGUUAACCUAAAUUUUCAAUAUAAAGUGGCAUUAACUUCUAAACAGACUCCUUCGGUGAAUUAUCUUCGAAACAGGUGGUCCUUCUCACUAAUUCUGCAACUGACUGUUUUAAGUGUCCAGAGCUCUUGCAGAUUCCAAAGAAUUGAACGACUUGGAUAAAUGUUUACUUUUAAACCUGGUAGAGUUCGUCACUUGAUUUGUCAGCUCAUAUUUCCUUUGGGCUUAACAGAUAUUAGCAAUGGAUGUGCAAAGAAAAUAGAAACCACUUUAGGCCUGAAAUAUUUAGCUAACAUGGCAGCUAACAUGCAAGUGUAUUUAAAUCUACAAGAAGGUUGUUUAAAAUGUUAUGUAUUUUAAAUAUUUUCAUUUUAUAUUGCUCUCUUAAUGGUGACAUUGUAACUUACAUCAUUAUGAUAGACACAGACUGCAAUUAUUCCAAUGUUCUUUUAUGAUGAUGUUAGUUUUCAGGAUAAUGUAAGCAGUACUCACAACAGUAAAUUCCAUGCUUUCCUCGUCUUGCCAUAAAUGAAACUGCUGGCUUAAUAAUUGGUAAAAUGUUAGUAAAGAUCAAAUAUACAAGUCACUAGGUUUACAGUGAUUAUUGCAAAAGUAACAAUGCAAAUUGUUAUAUUAAAUACUAAGUGUUUAUAUCUACAUAU